CUAGCGCAGGCGCGGUGUUGUGUGGCCGCCAUUUUGUUUUCCUGAAGGGUAAACGGACGCGUUGAAGAGAUGGUGCCUUUGAGCAGGAGCCUUCUCUCCCUCACGGGUCGAUGCAUUCGCCAAAUUGCAACAAGACAAGCUCACCACAAGACUGGUCCUAACUUCCAUGAUAAAUAUGGCAACGCUGUCCUUUUGGGAGGGCUAACAUUCUGUGUUGUAGUUUGGAGCUAUGUUUCGACACAGACUGGCAUAACAUGGAACUUAUCUCCUGUUGGCAAGAUCACCCCUCAAAAAUGGAGAGAGGACUAGAUGAAUGGAUCAAGUGUUUGCAAAAUAGGAGUACGGAGCCUGAAUUGCGUAUUAGUCUCAAGGCUCAUUCCUUCUGCUGUAAUGAUUACCUAUGUAAACUGGAUUUCAUAGUAAGUCAAUAAAUAAUAGAAAUUUG